AUGAACAAUCACAAUACAGUAUUUGAUCCUUCGUUAUUCACGAAACCUCCCCCAAACUACAUAAAAAACGAAUCCGGUAAUUGGAACAAUUUUAAAAUACCCCCGCUCCCUAGAAAUGGAACUAAAAAGACCAACAAUACCGUUGAUAAAAAGGAGCACUUUCCAGUCGCUCCUCAAAGGGCGCCCAGGAAAGUUUCUAAUCAUUCAACAGGCUCGGGCCAAUCAAAGAAAUAUACUCAAUAUCCUUCUCUACAUCCAAUACCGUACCCGUCUUUUAGGAACAACACGAAUAAAUCUUCACAAGCGAGUUCAAGGAGUUACGUUAAUUCCAACCAGCAAAAUUCAAAAAAUUACCAAAAACCCUCCACCUCAAAUUCAUCCAUGAGUAACCCGCCGCCUAAUUACAAAUCACAAAUGGCUGAAAACGCAUCACAAAAUAUUGGUGUAAAUUCGGUUCCCUUUAAACCGAACGUGCCACCACCAAAUAUGCACAACUCGCCAUACUCUCGAAAUUUGAAAGCGAACCCUCUAGCCCUGCAGGCCCAAGCUCAGGCGUUAUCUGCCGGUCAAUACGAUGAAGCUAGCACUAGUUAUUUCAUGCCUGUAUGGUACGGGUACCCAGUUGCCGAGAGCAAGUAUCCUUAUACCGCAGCUCCGCUGCCUCCCUCCCAGCCUAAUUACCCGCCGCCCCAGCAACCGCCCCUGCCGCUCGACGCCCCGCCGCAAAUUCCCCCGCCUCCUCCGACUUCGGUCCAAAACGGUUACACCAUGGAUUCUUCAAUGGCGAAUAUGCCGAUGCAGAAUCACAUGAACCAUCCCGUCGAACCCUCCCAGCGACCCAUGCAAAAUCAACAAACCCCAAUGGCAAACUACCAGGCUGGUAUGUCACCAUAUCUCGUUUACAAUAAUAAUACACCGUUUAUACAGAAUCAUUAUGGCGUAACAAGGAAAUAUGAGGGUAAUUGCGAUCAAAAGAAGAACCUGAAGAAGAAGAAAAAACCGCUGUCGCAAGUGGUGCCGCAGAGGAGAGAAUGGUCGAUAGAGGACGCGAAGAAGGCGCUCGACGCCGAAAAGGAGUGCAACAAGAGAACGAGACGGCAAGGUUUGAUUAUCAAAUUUCCCGAUCAGGAGGUCAAUCGAGAUAUCGUGACGAGUUUUCACACGGGCAUAGAAUCCGUACAUUUCCAACAACCUUCCACUCCGAGAUACUGCUUCGUCACCCUUACGGAAUCGGCGGAUCCGGAGACGGUCAUAAAGCAGCUGAACCAAAUCAAAUUCGGCUUGGGCUAUUUGCACGCCGAAAUCAAGAAAGACAGGGAGGACGAGCAAGGCAUCAGACCCACCGACAUCGAUCCGCUGACGCUGUACGUGGGAAACCUGGCGCAGGAAAUAACUAAAGAAGACAUGACGAAAACCUAUCCCAAGCAGAAACGGAUAGACAUAGGCUACGCGAAAAAGAUGAAGUACACCCGUUACGCGUUCGUGUCCUUCUACAACGUAACGGACGCCAUCGAAGCGUUUAAAACUACUCAUUCGUCUCAGAUGUACUCCAAGAGUCUGAUAGUGAGGUUCAGGAGACUUCACGGGACCGUCGGGAUGCCCGGCGAGGUGAGAGUGCAAACGUCUCGCCAAAGCCGUUUGUCUGAAACCGACUCUUUGACUGAAACCGAAUCUUUACCGAGUCCUUGGGACAUCGACGUAUCGAGCUGGGACAAUAAUUUACCAGCGCCUGAUGCAGUCGAUGAUGACGACGACGACGACGACCAGGACGAAGGAUGCGUAACGAAAGAGAGUAUACCUUGUAUCGAAGAAGACCGGAAACCGGUUGUUUCCCAACCGUCAUUUUCGGGAUAUGUACGAAUCAAAAAGGAAAUCCAAACUUCGUCCACAACUAGCCCCACAAUAAAUUGCGACGAAUUCGAAGAUAUGAGCGACAACGAAUCUUCGUCGGGUUACGGAGAAAACGACGAUCAAACGUCGGACCCCCAAACGCCCGAGCCCACCGAACAACCAACCGUCGAAGCGCCCGAAUGCGCGAAUCCGGUUAUCAAAUCGGAAUUUAAAAUGGACUCAUCUGAAAAGGGCAAAUCGCGGUACAGAGUCGUAGCUACAAAAAUGAGUUUAAAGAGGACUGCGACAGUGACUCCUGGUAGAUGUCCGGCCGUUAUUAAGCAAGAAAUAAACGAUAGCCAAAACGCGCCACUAGAUAAUUUUAACACAAACGAAAGCGCCGUACCUGAAGACAAUUCAAAUUCAAACAGUACAGCUACAGAUCAUCUAACCGAUGAUUUGUCGACUACUGAUUUAAUAACGACCGAUUUAACGGCUAAUUCGUGUGUUAGUCCUAACGCUGAUGAUAAUACUCCUGCUACCCCGAAUGCAGAUACCUGUGGAGAAGAUGAAUGGAAUGCUUCGACAAGCGUAAAUGUAAAGACUGAAUUAGAGUUACCUCCUGAAACCGUGAAUAAACCACCUGUUAACGAAGACGAAGAUGACCUAGGGGGAGAUGACGACGAUGGCGAUGAGGGUGAUGCCGCUAUAACUUCGUUAAAUAGUCUUCUAUUGAACGCAAAGAGAGGAGGAAACAUUUAA